CAAGGAAAUUUUAAUGAAGCUGAAUAAAAUUUUAAUAAUGUGAACAAAUAUUCUUAAAAAUAUGUCUAUUAACAUAUAAUAGAUUUAUAUAGAGCUAUUAUAAAGAAAGUACAUAAUAGCCAUUUAGAAUCUGCAAAAUUAUUUUUUAAAUAUUCUUAAUUUUAAAGAUGAAAAAAAUAUUUUUAGCGUUCAAAAAUCGAUUGAAAUUUUAUGUAAUUCUGGAUUAUAAUUAGAAUAUGCAAAAGAGAUGGAAGAAGCUUUUAUGUGUUAUCAGAAAGCAAAAUAAUUAGAAAGUAGUAAUAUAAAUGCAUUAAAAUGUUUGAGCUGGUUAUUAUUUUAGAAAAAAUGUUAUAGGGAAUCUAUGGAUUCGAUUUAAAGAGCAUAUUAAUAAAAUAAUAAAGAUUUCGAAGUUCUUUUAAUAAUGGCUAAAAAUUAUGAUCAAUAAAAUUAAGUUAAACAGGCUUUAGAAUAUUUUAUAAAGGCGAUAUAAGUAAAUGAUAAAAGUUAUAUUUGUUGGUGUUAUUUAGGAAUUACAUUUUUUAAAUUGAAUAUGAUGAAAGAUGCUUUCACAUGUUUUAAUAAAAGUUAUAAACUAGAAAAUAAUAUUGAGGUUUUGUUUAAUAUUGGCUUACUUUUUGAAAUAGGAAAAAGCUAUAUUGAAGCACUUAAUAUUUAUAAAUAAAUAAUUAUGGUAUGUCCAGAUGAUUAUAUGGUUGUAAGAAAAAAAAUCAAUAUAGAAAGAAAUGCUUUAAAUUAAAAUUAAGAGCCAUUAAAUAAAAAAUAAUUAAACAAAUUAAAAAUGAAUUUAAGAGAACCUCCAUAUAAACCUACUGUUAAAUUAUGGUUAGAAGAAUUGGACGAUUAAGGAAAAUAAAAGUUAUAAGAAUAAGAAAAUUAAUAAAUAUAAUAAAUAAAUAACUCUUAAUAACUAAAAUAAAAAUUUUCUUUUGAUCCUAAAUAAACAUAACAAUAAAAUGAUAAUAAAGAUAUAUAUGAUAGUUAAUUUAAUACACCUGGAUUAAUCGCUUAAACUCCAAAUUAUAAACUUCUGGGUGAAUCUUUUGCUAAAAAAAUAGUUGAUGUUAAAACACAUAAGGAAAGUUUAUAUAGAAAUGUUUUAGAUUUUCAUAAAAAUAGUUUUGAUGAUAUAUUCACAAGAAAUAGAAAUAAUUCUAUUUCUAUGCUUAUAUAACAUAGUAAUAUGAAAAAUGAAGAAUAUACACAUUAUAAUUAUCUAGAUGAUUAAGAAUUAAUUUAUAAUUUUUAAACUGAAAAUAAAAAGAAUAGUAUAUUAUAUAGAAAAAAUUCAGAAGAUAAUAGAAUUAGAAAUAACUCAAAUGCCUCUAAUACUAAUACUUCACCUUUAUAAAAAUCAGGAAACCAAAAAGGUGAUAAAAGUCCUGAAUUUGAAAACAAUUUAUAAGAAAAACCAAUUAAAAAAACUAAAACAUCUAUAAAUAAUCAAUAAAUAAAGUCUAAUAAAAAUUUAGAAUUUUGUAACAAAAAUUUAAUAUUUAAUAAAUUAGGGAUUAAAAAAUAAAACUGA